UGGCGCCGUGUGCCGCGGCUCUGAUCCGCUGUCAGUUGCCCGAGCCCUGUGCUACGGUUAGGACCGCACAUAAUCGUCACUUAUUAAACCGACGACUUAGCCGGAGCCGGCCACGGGUCAUCGCGCCGUGUCGUCUUCAGCAGCCGAGCCCGUCCUUCAGUCUCUCCUCGUUACGAGAUCAGGAACGGACGAGCGGAGUAUCCGAGAGAGGCGAAAGGCCAGCGAGAGCGAAUGUGAUCAACCGUAAUCCGACCUUCAUUCGCGAGGGAGAAUAGCUUCAGCGUGUCGUUAAACUGUUGUCGUCGUCGUCGUCGUCGACUGACAGCUGUCAAAAAUUUGCAAAAAUUGCAGCGGGGCUCGAAUCGAGGACGUUGUUGUUGGUGAUUCUAAAAUAUAUAUUUAUAUAUAUAUAUUCGUCUUUUGUGUCUCGUGGAGAAGAAGUGAACGUCGAUCGGGCUUCGAGCCUCGAAGAGUCCCCGAGGGUGGCGAAUAAACCCGGGGAGCUGCGAGCUGACGACGCGUCCAGGAUGAUCUGGUAGAAGAGAAGACGAACUUCCGAGUGUUCGAGAAAUGGCGUGCUGCAUAUCGGUCGACGUGACCGUCACGAGCACGGUGCUUCUCCUGCUGAUAGUGUUCCAGGCGACACUGGUCUGGGAGGAGACGCGCGGUGCUCCGGCGAAAAAGAGCGAAGUUCUCGCCGGCACGGAAUUUCUCUCUGUCUUCAUAAACGGUGCCAUGGCACCGACGCCGGGGCGCCGUCGAGGUUUCCGGCGCAAUCAGCACGUGACCGCGCCCAGGGAUGACAGCGCGCCAGCCGAGUCGCAUCAGCACGAGGCGUCCAUCUAUCGAAUAUCUCAAAAUCCUACUCGGUUGAUCUCGAGGCCGCAAACGGGCAAUCGCGACGACGUCGUGCGCUUCUAUCCUAUAAGCCAGAAAAGCCUGGAGCACCGGCAGCAGAACUUAGCGUCGUUGAUCGACGUCCUGAGCACGCCGGUCGACAUAAGCUCGACACGUCUGACACCGUCGAGCGCGACGACGAUGACGACGACGACGACGACGAGCGCGUCGCCGGUCCUCCGCGAUCAAACCUCGAGGUCGAACGGGACCGCCAGUGGAUCCAACAAAAUUGUUAGCCGCCAGAAGGUGAUCGGCGUGAGCGUCACGUCUACGGUCGAAGCUACCCCGUACAAGGUGCGCGUUGAGCAUUACGGCAACGCUGACUCCGCGGUGGUAACACGAUCACCACCGAGUUUGGAGUCUCCGGUGAACGGAGAAAUCGGCAAGGAAUCGACUAGAGGCACCAAUAGACCUUCCACGUUGCCGUCCACGACGACAACGACGACGACGACGACGACGACGACGACGACAACGACGACGACGCUGCCGCCGGUCCGAUUCGUCACCGAGGAGCUCAGCAACAUCGUCUCGGAGUCCAACAGAAGCGAGUUCUCCGUCGACGAGGACUCGCUGGGGACCAGCUGGCGCGGUCACGUGACCACGACGCCGCAUAUCGAGAAGAUCGCCGCGUUUGUAGAGGAGAAUGGGAAGAAUGAGGAGACCAACGAGACCACGCAGAUCGUUGACGCGAUCACCCUUCCGACGGAGGAGAAUUACGAGCUGCCUGUGGAGAACUCGGAACCGCGAGAGUCGAACGAGGAACUGCCGGAGGUGUCGUCGGACCGGCAGCUUCAAGGGCACAAGAUGGGACGUCACUACGACGCGCCGCUUUACAAUCGAUCAGGCCCGAAGCUCUACGGUCAAUCGUCCAAGACGUAUAAAUCCUUGCAACGUACUUACAACGAGCCUGCCAAGAUGUACAGCGAACCGGCCAAGGUCUACAGCGACCCUGAACGAGUGUAUGGAGAGCCGGCUAAGGUGUAUAGUGAACCCGCAAAGGUCUACAGCGAACCGGCCAAGGUUUACAGCGAACCCGCCAAGAUCUACAGCGAACCCGCAAAGAUCUACGGUGAACCGGAAAAGAUCUACUCCGAACCGUCCAAGAUCUACUCGGAGCCGGCGAAGGUUUAUUCCGAGCCGGCCAAAAUUUACUCGCAGCCGGCUAAGAUAUACGGCGAACCUAGCAAGGUGUACGACUCCGAGGGCCAACCGGUGAAUCGGCAACAGCAGGGUGGUGAACCAGACGAGCAAAAUUACGAAAUCGACGAAUCGGUCAGCGUCGGCAGCAACGGUAAUGUUCACGGACCUCAGUUGGUCGUCACGGAAGAGACUCCGGGUGCGUCCGAGGACGGACACAAGGUCGGCUACGUUGUCGAGGGCAGGAACUAUAGGAAGUACAGGGUCGAGGAGAGGACACCCGACGGCUUCAUCGUGGGCGAAUACGGUGUCGUCAGUCACGAUGAUGGUUCGUUGCGCGGUGUCAGAUACACCGCUGAUGGAACCAUCAAUCCGCAGCUGAUCUACGACGCUCUGAUGAAGUUUCUCUCUCUGUGAACAAAAUCAUAUCGAUAAUGUAGUAGGAAGAGAAGGAUGAAGGUGGACGAGAGGUGGCUUCGGCGACGUCGUCGACGAGACGAACACGACUGAUUCUUUUGCUCUUGCCAACUCAACUGCCUCAACAAUUAAUUUUAAGGACGAUAUUUUUUUUUAGGAUCUAAGGAUGAGCCUGUUCGACAACGAGGCGACUUGUUGCGCGUAUCACUGAACCGAGGACCGAAAGGUCGACCGAAACCGACGUACGAAAGUCGAAUCUCGAUGUUCAGAUUCUGAUUGCGAAAUGCUGACAGAUGAAAGUUAUUCUUUGGACGGCGAAAGUACGAACUUUUGUGCGCGGUGCUGCUCGAUGGCCUUUGACGAUUGUGGCAACCGAUCGAAGUGGUUGUCGAAUGUUAUGGUUUUCUUACGGGUUAUUCGCAAAGGUUCUCGAAGCGAGAACGAAACCGUUACAAUGUUUCUGGUGCGUGAGAGCUUGCACUUGAGUGACGACACGCAUCGAUUAUCUUGUACGAUUUUCAAUUAUAACGUCAACAGAAUUAUUCAUUUUGGAGUUUCUAAUUUUUUUUAUACAUUAUACGAUACUUUGGUAUUUUAAAAAUAGGAUAAUAAAUUGAUAAUAGCCGCUUCAUUAUUUUGAUUAGAUAAAUAUGUGAAAAUUGCAUGUUUGGAAAAAAAGAGAUAUACGAAAUGCAUGACAAAAUGUAUAAUCCCAGUGCGAUAUCAGCACAACUAUAUCUCGGAAGCUUUUAUUUUGACAGAUUUUUAAAUAUGCAUUUAUGUAUAUGUUUGCAAUUGAAUGUUUUAUAGAUAAAGAAAAAUUAUAAUCAUACCUUUGUCGAAGAUAAUAUCCGCGGCAAACUCGCGAUUCUUAAUCUCUGAUAUCCGGUAAAAAAAUAAUCUAUCGAAGCACAUCAAAAAUAUUCUAAGAAGUUAAAAUAACGGCAUAUUUUAAUAUCUUUAUUCUAUGAAAAGAUUUAUAUUGCAAUACUAAAAA